GUCGUUUUUGACGCGUAUUGAUGGAAACGUCAAUUAAAACAAAGUGAAAGAAUUAUAUAUAUUGUAUAUGUACGUAUCUAAGAAUCAGAGUGGAUAAAAUAGGAAUAAUAACAGAGAAGAUGCUAAAGCGGCAGUCUCUGUGGGUCCCUGUUAUCAAGCAUAACCCGAUUUUCGCUAAGGCUUUCCACGAGUUCAAGAAGAGCAGUCCGAUCACAAACCUGCUUUUCAACGGCGCCCGCAUCUCUGAGGAGGUAAUCCAUGUUGCAUUGGACACGGACGCACAGAACCCUAACCGAAGCGUGACUGCCCUCAUGGCAUUUCCCAUGCUUGUUCAUGAAGAUCUCUGUGAGGGUACGGGAUCGGAUGAGAGAAAGGCACUGGCCUGCGGGAUCGAGGUGGGGCUUUCAGACGCCAUGAACUCCAUACACAUGAUGGAGCGACUACUGCCAGAAAAAACCCCAAACGUUUCAGUGAAUAUGCAUGCGGAGUCUUUGAAGCCAAUCCACGCAGGCGACCGCAUCCUCGUGAUCAGCUCCAUUGACAAGUUUGGAAAAGGGUUAGUCUACUUUAAAACGGACUUUUACCUGGAGCCUCAGUCUGUGUCGGAGGAAAUUUUGGCCCGUGAACGGGAUAUAACAAGCCUACAAGGCCUACAUGCGGCUCUCAAUCUUUACGAAAAACUAGCACAUGUCGUUCAUCUGAAGUGUAUUCUCAAAUCAAAAAAAUGAUUUCAAAAUAUGGGAGUGGUGGUUGGGAAAGGACGUUUCCUUAUCGUAUGAA